CAACUGUCGACUAUUUUUUUGGGUAAUUGCCCCUCUUUCAAACUGCCGACGCGAAUGCCACCCCGUUCGUUGGGAUCAGGUUCGUAUGCAGACCUUGAUGAGACAAAGGAACGCUUCUAAAGGGCGAGGAGUCGGAGUUACAUAAGGACUGGUUCUGGGGGAGCUGCAGAUUGGGAUGUGUAGACAGUUGUGCAUACAUUGUACCCCUGAAAGCUUCCCGACUUCACAUUAUCCUUUGAGCUUGUGACUCCGAACGUGAAGAUUAUCGCCACAUAUCCCCUCUCUUCCGCUUCCCUUGCUCUCCGGACGCUCAAGCAGUACAUAUUUUUAACUACAACAGAGCCUGCCACAACCCAGUCACGAAUCACGAGUCACGAUCCGAGCGACACGACCCAAGCGACACGACCACCUGAGCGUUCGACCGGAAGUCACGGCCAAAGUUGAGGGUGUCAUCACCCCCAUUGCUUGGACGUUCCCUGUUUCAUCAUCCCUGUUUGACUGGCUGUCUUCAGUCGGCUUUCUUUCCCCUUUUGAAGUCUUUUCAAGACCCUGUACAAGCCUUGUUGUACAUAGCCAUCUCCCACCCUUGCCCAUUAACGGUCGCACUUUAUCUAGACUUUUUUUGCGCCCCACUUCGGUCACCUGAAUCCGACCUAAGUCCUGAAUCCUGGCGUUCUCGGGAGUCUGGACGAACGCACGAAUGAUCGAGCACUUCCCCCUUUCUCUCUCGACAGUUAUUCUUGUUGACGACGGGUCCCUAGCCGGUCCAUCCUACGCUACGUAAAGUAGGCUUCCAUCCUACAUAGCUGCCGGUGCCUUGCGUCUACAGGUAUCAUCUCCUCCGUAACUUGAAUGACUCUAGUAGAUUUCUCCGACUUAUCCGGCUUCCUCGGGUUCAACCAUUCAAUCAUAAUAAUUCGACAUGGGUGUGCGCCUGUUGGCCUUACUUUUUGGCAUUGUACCGAAGACAUUCAAGGGCAAGAGUGACGAUGAUCAUGAAGAACCGCGUGAUGAAAAUCUCGACCGGCAGGAUUCCACACGUCUUGCUCCGCUAAUUCCUGCCCUGGGAUGUCCUUUAUCUUCUCUCUUGGAAAUCCCGGUGCUUACGGAACAUUCUUGGGCCGUUUCUCAGAGUUCACCUCUUUUGUUCGCGGGAUUGAUUAUUUCAGUGGUGUUGGCAUUCAUAGCAAAUAUAUCUCUUAUUUGUCGUUAUUUUGAAUACCGACCGCAGAUCAGUACACUAGCUGCAAUUGGUAGCUUGACCAUUCAUGAUUGUUUGAAUUUGGGUAUCCUAAUAAAAGUUGCAACAGAAAGCCCAGGGUCUUCUCAUCGCCCGUCUGGCACUUUUUGGAUGCUAGUGGCUAGCUCCCUAGUUUCAGUUUUCUGUAACCUGACACUGAUAUUGGAUUAUGUGCGAGUGGAUAAUUUUAGAGCUAAAGGUUCCGGGCUGACUACGAAGCAAAGAACCUUGGCCAUUGUCGUCAUGAGCCUACUCCUUUACAUCGGGAUUGGAGCAGUAGUUUUUGCAUUGCUCGAGUCGCAUCAAGUAACUUUCAGUGAUGCACUCUACUUCUCUGUGUGCACUGUAACAACCGUGGGCUUUGGUGACAUAACACCGACUCGCACGGUCACUCGUGUAUUCAACUUCUUUUACGCCAUCGUCGGAGUCGUUCUCUUGGGCUUGACCGUUUCCACAUCUCGUGACACGAUCAUCGAGGCGUUUGAAUCCUUGGUGCGCUCCCGACGCCGUGCCAUAGCCCACCAGGGGAAACGGCUCUACAAAGCAGCUACCAAACAUCGGCCUCCCGAUGAAUACGAUCAACUUCAAACAGAUAGUACUCCUGCUAGUGACCCUUCCCGCUGUCCCCAUCCAACCUGGAGGUCAUUUUUUUGGAAGUCCAAUCGUCAGGGCGCUCAUUUGAAUACCAUGCAAUCACGCACCGAAAGCACGGAUGCCAAAGUUUCAUUCCAACAGUUUCAGCACCGCUUACUAAAAGAUGAGAAAAAAGAGCUGCAGAUGAGACUUUUCAUUGCUUCAUUUCUAUUUUCAUGUUUUUGGCUUCUUGGGGGUGCCGUCUUUAAAUUUACAGAAGGAUGGUCGUACGGACAGGCUCUUUAUUUUGGCUACGUGGCGUUUUUGACUUUAGGUUACGGUGACUUCACCGUUCGAUCUUCCGGUGGACGUGCAUUUUUCAUUGCUUGGUCGCUUCUCGGGAUUGGUAACAUGACCCUCUUGUUAGCAGUUCUCACUCAAGCUUGGGAAAUGAGGUAUAAGCGGGCAAUCAGCAAGAGCCGACACCGAAAGCUAGCAAUGACACGUGAAGCAACAGCUCAACUUGUUAGCGCUGAUGAGGCAGGACAUCCCCUCAAAUACUCGGUUGAAGAGCAGGAAGGGACAGAUGUCAAUCAAACUCUAGAUCAGUUGAUCGAAACCGCCGAGGAGUUCUUGAAGCAUGCACAAUUUUGGAUGAAUGGAAAAACUGGAGAGGCCCCUCCUCGGUUAGCACAAAUGAUGCAAGAAGCUGAAAAGGUCGAAGGGUUGGAACAGGCCGUCACGAAAGGUGGCUUGAUUGACAAGGUGACGUCAGACCAACGACGCAGAGCACUUUUCCUGAUGUCUUUUGCUAAAUCCUUUGAAAUUCUCACUCAACAAGUUUGCCAGACCAAAGCCAUUGUUCAAUCCAACGCUGAACAACUCGACUCUCUCCAAAGUUUUAUUAAAACUCAGGAGUGUGCCUCCUCAACCUCGUCGCCCAAUUACCUUUCAGUUUCAAGUGAACAGAUACCUGGUUCCCCAGCUCACACACGUCCAUCCUGUGUGGACCAUACACGCAUAAGGUCCCUCCAAGCGGUCCAAGUGGAUGCCUUCUCUCCCGAUCAACUCAGUGCCAAAUCAGAAAAGUCACCAUUCCCAUCUUUUCCGAAUGGGAUUUUGACCGCCUCACCCUCAGGUCAAUCGAUGACCUGCAUCCAAUCUCAUCAUUCUCUCACAUUCAGCACUUUCCAACCCGAAAAUGCCGUCACCUUCUCUACACCUGACGGACAAAAUCAAGCCCAAAAGGGUUCAGGUCCACUCAAAUUCCCUGAUACUUGCAGAACUUCAUUGGAUGGCCCAAUGCCUCCCACACGAUCAUCCAUCGACCAAUCAUCCCAAAUACAGCGGCUCGCGCUCUUGUCCGAGACCGAAGUUCAUUCUCAAAUUUCAAUUCCUCCUCCGCUUGCGAACAAUGAGAAAAACGAAAUCAGACGAACAUGUUAAGUCUCAAUCAAUUCAAUACAUCGUGCAAGCGCCAAUUGUUUCUCGACCGAUGGACGCACGGAUUGAGCGAAAUUGAAUGCUUGAGCAUCCUGUUUAAAGUUUGACUCUUCUAUCUUGUACUCUACUGUAGUAUUUUUUUCCCCUCUCUUUUUUUCUUGGGACUCAGGAGACCUUAAGCUUUUCACAAUCAUACCUCAUGGGAUUUGUACAUGCUUGGAAAUAGAUAGAACUUUGGCUCAAUCACUUGACAAUUUGAAUCCGGUGAAGAAUCUAGUUUAUUCAUUCUGAAGUGUUCAGUGAAUGGACUUCCAAACUUGCCUUGCAUUAUACAAAUAGUAUGUUUGGUGAUUGUCAGGUCCCUA